AUGCUGUUGACGGACUCAUUUACUGUGACCGUUGGUGCAAUUUUGACGCUUCUGCAUGUGGUGGGACAAGUAACAGCCGAAGUCAAAUACACCGUUGUUGGCCCUGGCAGCAUUAAAUCUCACCGCGACUACAAUGUGGCCAUUGCAGUGCACUAUACUAAGGAACCGGUAACAGUGAAGAUCGGGAUUACUGGACCAUCACAUAAUGAGACCCGAACUGUCGAGUUCACCAAGUCUAACGUCUUCAAGCAGCUCUCCUUUGAAUUGCCCUCCCUACAGCCAGGUGACUACGAUCUGACGGGUGAGGGCGUAUCGGGCUUGGUGUUUAAAGAUUCAGUGCGUCUAAUUUGGGACUCACCAGAUCCAAUGUUAUUUCUGCACAUUGAUAAGUUUGAAUACAAACCCGGCGAUACUGUCAAUUAUCGCGUAAUGAUCUUGGAUGAACAGCUGCGACCGAAUCUGAAAGCCGAGGACAUUGUAGUCUGUCUGAGGGAUCCAACGGAUUUUUACAUCGAUAAAGCUAGGCCAGCAAGGACGACAACCGGGGUGUAUACGGGAAAAUUCCAUCUAUCCAAGCUUGCCAGUCUGGGCGAAUGGACAAUUGAUUUCGAGGACACUGACGGGGAACCAUAUAGAUCCGAUGUCUAUACAUUCACCUUCUUUAACGUGGAGCGGUAUGUUGAGCCCAAGUACUUAGUGAGGAUAGAUGCUCCGAAGCUCGUAUCCGUCAAGGAUGGUGUUGUGCAGAUAUUUGUAUUAGCAAAGUACAGCUACGGCACUCGUGUAAAGGGAAAGGUUGUAGUAAAUAUUGAACUAUUUUCUGAUGAAAGUGUGAAAAAACUUACCAAUCACACAGUAAUGGUAGCGCAAGACAUGGUCAAAGGAAAGGCCACGUUUGAUAUUAACCUUAAUCAGUUUGCCAGUUGGGUAACCAAACAAAAUUCCAAGUAUUUGGUUGCAAUUAACGCAUCGGUGGAGGACCAUCUUACGGGAAAAAAGAUCACGGAAACUGGAGAAUUCAAAUUAGUUCUUAAUCGCUAUCUGGUAUCCUGUGUGGAUAUGCAUGAGUGCUAUACAUAUUCGAAAGAUAAGGAAAAGGAGGUGAUCAUCAGCAUAACCAAAUUAGACGGCACCCUGCCAACUGACACUGAUUCAGUGGUGAAGCUCAAGUAUUCAGAGGGAAAACAGGACUUUUUCGGUGUCUAUAACCGUCUGUCCGAGAACAAAAACAGAACCUUCAUCUUCGAUGGCCAUUUAAAUACGUCUGGCCUGGUUGUUUUUAAGGUAACUCUACCAGGGUUUCCAAAUAAGAUGCGUUUUUGGCCCUAUGACCUUACUUUGUUAUAUGCCGAGUCCUGGUUCUUUACGGACAUUGAAAGAACGGAGACGGCUGUCUCAAAGUUGAGCCAUACGCUGCCGGACGCAUUGGGCAGAUGGGUAAUAAAUGGCUUUUCCUUACAUCCCGAGAAGGGACUGUGUGUCCCCCCAAAUAGCAAAAUGACAGUGAUCUCGACAUCUAUCCCGUACUUCAUCUCCGUACGCCUGCCCCACUCAAUGAAACUUGGAGAAUGGAUCAGGGUGCCAGUGAUUGUCGACAACUAUGUUCCCCAAGAGUUCGAUAUGGAGGUCACACUGGACAAUCCAGAUGCGAAAUUCGAUUUCGCAGAUGCAUCCAAUCAAGGACAGAAUCUCACUCAGGUCAUCCGUGUGGGAGCCAAUGAGGCAGCCGGUGCAUCAUUCCUGAUUCGUCCGAAGGUCAUUGGCAAUAUUCUGCUAAAGUUUUCAGCCAUCUCUCCUUUGGCAGGCGAUGCUGUCCACAAGUCGCUUAAGGUAAUCCCAGAAGGAAUCACAAAAUAUCAGAAUCGAGCCUUCUUCGUCAAUCUCAAGGAUGUUGGAGAGUAUAAAAACACCUUUGAACUGGAAGUGCCGGAGGACAUUGUUCCAGAUUCGCAGCGAGUGGAAUUCGGACUUGUAGGCGAUCUGCUCGGCCCAGUGAUCAAAAACCUAGAGAAUCUCCUGAGAUUGCCCAGCGGCUGUGGCGAGCAGACUAUGUCUAAAUUGGUUCCCAACUAUUUGGUAAGAGACUACCUGAAGAGCAUCAAGAAACUAACUCCUGCCAUUGAAACACGCAUCAAGAGAAACUUACAAGAAGGCUAUCAGAAUAUGCUGCACUAUCGUCACGAUGAUGGGAGCUUCAGUUCCUUCGGCCCAGGCAAAUGGAGAGAGGAAGACCCUGACCGCAAUGGCUCUACCUGGCUGACAUCUUAUGUCUUGCGAUCUUUCCGUAAUAUCAAAGAUAUCAUUUAUUUGAAUGAGAAUUUGUUUACCAGUGCAUACAAAUUCCUUCUGAGCCGUCAGGCAGAGAAUGGCAGCUUCACCGACGCAGGAGAAUACUUCUACGGAUCGCUGCGCUCUUCACUGACUCUUACAGCCAACGCCCUGCUGGCACUACUCGAGCAAGACAAGAAGAACCAGACAGCCAUAGACAAGGCCGUGUCCUAUCUGAGUGCCCACACAGAGGAGUCUGAGGAAUUGCUGCCCAAAUCUAUAGCCGUCUAUGCCUUGCAAAAAUCAAAGGCUCCAGACGCCGCUAAACAUGUGGCAAGCCUCAAAGCCCUAGCACAGCAGGAAGACGACCGCACAUGGUGGACGGAGGACACAGAGAAGCUGCGGGCUUCCAAGGGCUGCCGCCGUUGGUGGUGUUGGGUGUGGAGCCACGACGUGGAGAUCACUUCCUAUGCGCUGCUCACACUGCUGGAAACAGAGCAGGAGACACCGGACUCGGUUUUGAACACUAUCCGCUGGCUAGUGGCGCAGCGCAAUAGUUUUGGAGGGUUUGCCUCCAGCCAGGACACAGUUGUAGGUCUGCAAGCCCUGAUCAAGUUCGCUGAGAAGUCGGGCUAUGAAGCAGCCAAGUGGGAGGUGAGUGUCUCUAACAAGGGAAAGCGAGAGAAGACCGAGAAACUGAGCGCCACGGAGGAAAACGAUCUGGUGCUGCAGACUGUCGAGUUUCCACAGGGUACCCAGUCACUGGAGUUCGAGGCUAAGGGCACAGGAGCAGCUCUGAUUCAGAUUAGCUAUCAAUACAAUGUAGUAGAGAAGGAAACAAAGCCCAGCUUUAAAAUACAAACAAUUGUCAAGCCAGAAUCCUCGCCAGCCAAGCUGGAACUGAGCGUGUGUGUGGAGUACGUGGAGGAGGGCAAAGCGAAUGCCUCCAACAUGGCCAUACUAGAGGUAUCCUUGCCGUCUGGGUAUACCGCCGAUGAAGACAGCUUCAAGGACAUAAAAGACAUUGAGCGUGUCAGGUUGGUGGAAACCAAAAACGGCGAUUCUGUGAUUGUUGUCUACUUCGAGAAUCUGCUGAGGGGUGAACUCAAAUGCAUACCCUUCGACGCUUUUAGAACCCAUGCGGUGGCCAACCAGAAACCCGCUCCCGUUGUCCUCUACGACUAUUAUGAUACGAACAAGAAGGCCACCGAAUAUUAUCAAAUAGUCUCGAACCUCUGCGACAUUUGCGAAGACUCUGAGUGCAAGGCUGCUGUGAGCUAUCUUAAGUAG